CUGCCUGAGCUGACCAUGGCUGUGAGGGACCUGGUGCUGGUGGCGGUGGCGGUGGUGACUCUCGUUGUUGCCAGCGGGGCAGAGCUGAACGAAGGGAGCGGCCUGAGGAAGCCGGUUUGUGCAGACAUGGCUGACCUGCAGGCCUGCCCCCUCGUGUACUUGCCUAUCUGUGGGACCGACGGGAAUACCUAUGCCAAUGAAUGCCAGCUCUGUGUGGAGCAAAUGAAAACCAGGCAAGACAUCCGGAUUCUGAAAGAUGGGGAAUGUCAAGAUGCCUGAGCUUUCUGAUAGCUUUCCUGAACCUAGAAGCAGGUGAUUAAUUGAUCCUGUGUGCUCUGUGCUGAUUGGACACUUAUGUUAGCUAUGGUAAAUAAUAAAAAAUAACAUGCACAAUCUUA